AUGAGCCUGGUCAUUUCUCAACAACAGGCUGAAGAUCUCCCGCCCGUGUCUCGCACCGGAACUGAGAGCGAUUCUGACAGUGGAAUGGGAUCUCCAGCAGAGGAGAUGGUUCGAGAGACAACAAACAAUAAAGAGGAGCAUCCAGAUUCCGACGAAGAAGACGACAUUCAAACUCGCAGAAAGCCUCGCCGUAAUGCCAUCAGAGACAGCGACAGUGAAGAAGAACCUGCAACUGAAGCUGUUGCGCUAGUAUUGUCUGCUUCUAGCGGUGAAGAAAUGGACGCUGAUCCGAAACAAGACGUUCAGAGGGGUAGGAGAAGAAUCUCUGUUCUCUCUGAUGGCGAAGAUGACCAAAAUAAGCAAGAGGAUGAGGAGGAGGAGCAGCAAGACAAGAAGGAAAAAAUAAAGGAUAAGAAAAAGAGGGAGAGGAGCCAGAGACACAGAGAGAAAAAGGAGAAACGGAGUAAAACAGUCGAAAAAAUGAAGAAGAAUGAGAGAUUCUCGGACAUUAUUGAAGGCGCGCCUCUCCCCGGUGCUCUGAACGACAGCGGCUGCUUGUUGGGUGAUACCGAGCUCUUUGACGCCGGGAUUGAUGAAGAGCUGGAGGAAGAGGAGUCACUGGAGUCAAUCCGAGCAGCUGUCAAAGAGAAGAUGAAAAAGCACAAGGAAUCUUUGUUUGGUGAAGAAGAGGAAGAGGAUGAAGUGCAAAAACCUCAGCGUGAAAGAAAAGCUGCGAGAGCAAGUAAAGAAGCAAUGAAGCAGCUCCACAGUGAGUCUCAGCGGCUAGUCAGAGAGUCGGAACUUGGGCUCCCAUACCACGUCCCGGAACCAAAGACCAUCAGCCAGUUUUUCAAGAAGCGCGCCAGACCUGAAGGAUCUGCCAUGGCUUUACUAAAAUCUCGACAGUAUUCUGAAGUCAUGUUGGAGAAACCAACAUUACCGCCACCUCCUCCCGAGCCCCCUGGUAAAGCCCAACAGCAAGAUUCAGCUCCCGCUCAACUCGACACAAUCUCUCAAUUUAAAGUCAACUUACCCGAGCCAGCCGCCACAUCAUCGCCGCAGCAAGAAGGCACGAUUCAGACCGAAGAGUCCGCCGUUCAGAGCUCAGAACCCGAGCAGGAAUCCGCGCCGAUGCUUUAUCUCUCCGAGAGUUUGCAGGAGUCAAUUUCGGCAGAUUGUCCAGUGAAACCGAUAUCCGAAGGAGAAACUGUCCAACAAGAAGUUGCUAGAAUUGAGCCUCAAACCACAUCUUUAAAGCCCAAAAUGGACAAACUAGCUCGACUCAAGGAGCUCGGACUGGAGCCCCCACCUGUCGCUAAGCUGUGCGCCGACGCAGGAGCUUUUGUCGUUCUUGAACCAGAGGCGCACAACACGGGUGUGGAAGCGCUGAAGGAACGCUACCUUCGCCACGUCCAAGCGCCGGUCCGCCCGCCAGGAGAGCACACGGUGCAACUCAACAUCAUUCGGAAAGACAGCACCCCCUCUGGCAAGGAGGAAUUGCGAGCCGAGUCGCUAAGUGUCGUCAUUAAGGAAGGACCAGAGGAGCCGGCGCCAACCAAGCCUGGAGAGAAACUGAUGACCCUGAAGCAGCGACUACAACUCGCCAUGGCACAGCGCCGACAAGAAGAGCGGGUGCGCAAGGCCGAGCUCCAUCGCCUGGAUAAUGAAGAUUGCGGUGAAGAAGAGGAGGAGGCGGAAAUGACAGAUGAGGAAGAAGGUGUAGAUGACUUAUUAGGAGGCGGUGACGAAGAUGAUGCCGAAGAGGAGGAAGGCAGCGUGGUCCAGAGUGUCCGGAGUCUUUCUCCAGUGGCGCUAAACUGCCCGGCUAUGACGCCGGAUCUCAUUAACACUGAUGGAACACUCAUACUGUUCCCUGGCAACUCUUGCUCUCGCACCGGUGACGGUGGAAGGAGAUCUGGUGCUGGACAAUAUGGUCCAGGUAAACUAGAAGAGGAUGACUCACUAUCUCUGGUGAAGGACAACAGUCACAACAGCAGCUUUGAUCUGGCCGGAUCCAUGAUCACUUCCUACCAACCAGUCAACCAUCAGCGUACAGGAAGAGUGGCUUGCAGCUCCAACUCCAACUCUGUGUUCCGCUCACCUUCUCCGUGUCUCUUCCGGCCCAACCUUCUCAGCUCAGCUUCUAAGAGCUCCGGUAAACUUUCCGAGCCUUCGCUUUGUCUACCCGUGGAAGACUCGCAGGAUUUAUAUGCCCCUUCUUCUCCGAUGGACUCCGAGCCCAUCGCCGAAGUCGCCACCGGUCCCGACUCCCAAGGUCGCUUCUCUCUAGAAGACGACGCCCACUCCCAGUUACUAGACGCGGACGGUUUCCUCAACGUGGGCGCGAGACCUGGCGUCGUCCGCUCCCACAAGAGGAAGUUGAUCCUGGGCAGCCUGGACGAAAACGCCAUGGACGCCAACAUGGGGGAGCUUUUAGGCUUGUGCUCAGGCGUUUUCCGCACGGCGCCGGAAUCAGAUACGCAAACGGAAGAACUUCUCGGAUUGUGCUCGGGCAGCUUUCCGGCGACUCGUGUUGAAGAGGAGUUGCAGACUGAUAAGAAUAAAGAGGAAGACAUGGAAAACACCAUGGAUCAGCUACUUGGAUUGUGUUCUGGAAAAUUCCCGAGCUCAGAUUCUUCCCACAUGGGUUCACCAGCACAAGACAGUACUAAAAAGCCAACACAGGAUGAGGAGGAGGAGCAGGAAGAAGAGGACUGUGAUUUUCGGCUUCUGUCAGACGUGGAGGACGAAGUUGUUGAGGAAGAUGACGAAGCCAAUUCUGGCGAGGAAGAUGACGACGACGAGGUAGAAGAAGAAGAAAUGAAUGCAGUUUUUUCGCCUAAUCUUAAGAAGAAGAAGAAGAAAAUGCGCCUGACAGACUACGUGGACUCUGAAGCCGAACUGUCGGGAAGCGACGAGGGCAGCGGUGACGAAGAUGACGAAGGAGGGAGCGAGUACGAGGAAGAGGAACUGCUUGAGGAGCUCCCCUCGGAUGAAGAGCUGCACAACCAGGUCAACAAGAUUCACAUGAAGCAAAUACUGGACGAUGACAAGCGACGUCUGCGGUUGUACCAGGAACGCUACCUCGCCGACGGAGAUUUACACUCCGACGGUCCAGGAAGGGCUCGACGCUUCCGCUGGAAAAAUAUCGAUGACGACUUCAACAUGGACACCACCGGAGCUGAGGGUGAGGAGGACCACGAGGAGGAUGAUGUUGAGCAAGUAGAAGUUCAGAGGAGGAAGGAGAGGCUUGAGAGGGAACAGUGGAUGAGAGAACAGUCCCAACAGAAAGGCAACAAAAUGGCCGAUUUGGAUGAAACGGAUGAAAACAUUGGAGAGGAAGAUAGCCGUUUCAUGAAAUUGGCCAAGAAGUUAACGGCUAAGACACUGCAAAAAAAAGCCGAGCUUCCUGUACAACCACCGCCACAAAAGACGUCAACAACCCUCAAUCCUUUCCUGCGACCUGCGCAGGUGAAAAGAGGCUCCCUGCUGAGUCAACCUCAGUCUGUUCUGGAGAAACUGGCGUCGAUCUCGGAAGGAAACCCACUAGCACCCAGAAACACUCGCGGUUUCCUUUUUCAGACGUUGUCUCCAGAGAAGGACGCAUCAACCAAGGAUGCAUCUCAGAAUCAUCCAACGAAGAAAAGGGGAACCACUGGAGCAGUCACCCCGACGGCCAAGAGAGUCUGCCGGCAAACUACGACUACUAUUAAGGGACCCCAAAAAAGCAUUUUUACCUUCCUGGACCACUGA